AUGCAGCUAGCAGGUGUAAAGCCAGACUCGACAACCUUUUCCAGCCUCCUCCCAGCGUGUGCCAAAAUGGGAGCUUUAGAACAGGGUAUGAACCUCCAUCAAGACAUAAUUGAAAGAGGAUUGUGGUCAGAUGUCUCAGUUGCCAACGCCCUUAUAGACAUGUAUGCAAAAUUUGGAAGGAUACACAAGUCAUCUGAAAUAUUUGACAAAAUACUUCAAAGGGACAUGGUCUCGUGGAAUUCAAUGAUUGGAGGAUAUGCACAAAAUGGGUUUUUUGAAAAGGCUAUGGAAACCUUUAAUCAAAUGCUAUUGGCCGAUAUAAUGCCAGACUUCACAACCUUUGCCAGCAUCCUACCAGCCUGUCCAAAAAUGGAAGCUUUACAACUGGGAAUGAACCUUUAUCAAAGCAUAAUCAAAAGUGGAUUUCUGUCAGGCCUCGUAACUGCAAAUGCCUUGAUAGACAUGUAUGCAAAGUGUUUAACAGACUGCCUCAAAGAGAUGCCAUCUCAUGGAACGCCAUGGUUGCGGGAUAUGCACAAAAUGAGCAUCCUACCAGCCUGCACAAAAAUAGGAGCUUUAAAGCAGAGUAUGGGCAUACAUCAAUUCAUAAUCAAAAGCGGAUUUUCUUCAGAUGUUGUAGUGACCAAUGCCUUGAUAGACGUGUAUGCAAAAUGUGGAAACAUACACGGGGUACGUGAAGAGUUUGACAAAAUGCUUGAAAAAGAUGUCAUCUCAUGGAAUGCCCUGGUUUUAGGAUAUGCACAAAAUGGAUUUUGCAAUGAUGCUCUCAAACUCUUUGAACAAAUGCAGCACUUUGGAACACACCCUGGCCAUGGUACCCCCUUCACGUCUAGGCCUCGUUUUAAGCAAAAGAAAUCGUCAAAGAUGCCAAAACGUGAGAAGAAGACGUGCCUGUAUAUUUCACAGACACGCUUAAAUGACAAAGACACGGUUCUGACAGACACAGAUGCAUUUUUGAGAUUUUUUAAUUGCAAAGUUACUCAAAAACAUAGACACGUUUUUGCCCUUCACAGAUGCGGUUAUAUGACAUAG